AUGCCACUGCACUGCUGCCCAAGAUCAUCCACGAGCAAGCCAGCCAUCAGCACAGGCGACGCGAAAGAUAUCUAUGCAAGGAGGGCAGGAGGUGCAUCAAGGAAACCGGCACAACAUGACGCCAUAACAAACAGGAGGGCCGUGCGACUGCAUACGCGUGUGGCAGAGGAGUUCAUCUACUACGCGCCGUCGGCGGGGGGCUGUGCCAUGGGAUGGCGUAGGAAGCGGCCGGAGAGGCAGCCACAUCUGGCACCAGAGCAAGGCGAGGACGAUGUUUUGGUAGUUUUAGAAUUUGAUAAAAUAAAAAACUUUGAAAAAUUGGAAGAUGACGACGCAGGGUACAAAGCCCACGAUAAGGAGACCGCAGAUCCGUCAGGUGAGAGGAAGCAGCCCGCACCCAUGGCCUCCGGCGAGCUCGCCUGCACCUACGCCGCCCUCAUCCUCAGCGACGAUGGCAUCGCCAUCACCGCCGAGAAGAUCGCCACGAUCGUGAAGGCGGCCAACAUCAAGGUUGAGUCCUACUGGCCGGCGCUCUUCGCCAAGCUCCUGGAGAAGCGCAACGUUGAGGACCUCAUCCUCUCCGUUGGAUCUGGUGGUGGUGCUGCUCCAGUUGCUGCUGCUGCCCCUGCUGGUGGUGCUGCGGCUGCUGCUGCCCCAGCUGCCGAGGAGAAGAAGGAAGAGGUUAAGGAGGAGUCUGAUGACGACAUGGGCUUCAGCCUGUUCGACUGA